AUGCAGUCCUCACUGAAUGAGUGGCUUGAGAAGUCCUCCGGCCAACGAAAUAGAAAACCACCACCUCCUCCUCCUCCACCGGUUACAACCCCAAAGCGACCCCCACCACCCCCAAAGUCUUCCUCGGCACCGAGCCGCGUUCCCUCUACUGGCACGGUGCCAGGCAUGUCCAACAUGGACAACUGGAACGACAUACCCGAUGACUUCCUUCAGGCCCCCUCGAGGCCAAGACCGAAGAAGAGUCCGCGAUCCUCUCGCAAUGUUACGCCCGCCCAUCUUUCCAGAGCGCCCUCGCCUGUACCUCCUCCUGUUCAAGAGCCCGACAUCCCACAGAUGUUUGCCUUACGCCCGCUCCCCGAUAAUGUCCAACUCGCGCCGCUUACAGAAGAGCACCUGAUGGCCUAUAAGCAGCUCAAUGCCCUCACUCUACCCAUACCCUACCCAGAAAGCUUCUACAAGGAGACCAUGACUGAGCCUCACUUGGGCAUUACCCUGGUGGCACUGUGGCAUGCUACUCCUGGAUGGCGCUCUGUCUCGUCUUCAGAGAAUCCACAGCUCGUGGGCGCAGUUCGCUGCCGUAUUCUUCCCGGAUCGCAGCUGUACAUUUCUACUAUCGGUAUCCUCGCACCAUAUCGCACCCACGGCAUCGCCAUGCACCUCCUACAGGCCAUCGUAAAGAAAGCAGUGUAUCUGCACGGUGUGCGCUGCGUCACUGCACAUGUAUGGGAAGCAAAUGAGGAAGGUCUGGAGUGGUACAAGAAGCGAGACUUUGAAAUACUGGCCAAGGAGGAUGGGUAUUACAGAAAGCUGAGACCGCAAGGUGCUUUCCUCGUCAGGAAAUGGAUCGGGGUGGGAGAUUUGCUCGCCAGUGGCGCAUCAAAAGGAGAAAAUGUGGACAGUCAAGUGCUAUAG